AUGAAGAGAGCUGGAGACCCAAUGUCCGGGGGCGCGGCCAAACGUCCUGGCAGCGGCCCGCCGGCGGGCGGCUCCUCGUCGGCGGCGCGACUGACGACCAGCGACGCGCUGACAUACCUGCGGGACGUCAAGAACAAGUUUGCGGAUAGGAAGGACGUGUACGACACUUUUCUGGAGAUCAUGAAGGAAUUCAAGGCGCAGAGAAUCGACACCGCGGGCGUGAUCCAGCGGGUGAAGGACCUGUUUCGGGGCAACAAGGAGCUGAUCCUGGGGUUCAACACGUUCCUCCCAAAGCUGCGGGCGGCGCGGCGGCCGGCUGAGUACCUUGCCGUGCGCUGCGGCCGCCCCUGCGCGGCCCUGCGGUCGCAGGGCUUUGAGAUCCAGGUGCACGAGGUUGAGGACGACGAGGUGAGGGCGUGA